GUCAAUAUCCUAUGAGAUUGUGCCUGUCCCUUUUACUUCUCUAAUUCUGAGACAGACCCAAAGCGAUCUGUCUCAGUCAAAGCACCUCUGGUUUCACUCAUUUUGAUACGACAAUUGGUUCUGGGAGCAUCUCGAUAGACGGCAAGUGAGUGCAGUUAUCCUGUAUUGUUUCCGAGCCUGAUGGUUGAGGGGUUGUUCCUGAACCUGGUGGUGAGUGACCUGAGGCUCUUGCAGCUUCUACCUGAUUGCAGCAGCGAGAAAAGAGCCUGGUCUGGGUGGUGAGCAUCUCUGAUGAUGGACGAUAGUUUCAUGUAGAUGUGCUCAGUGGCUGGUUGGGCUCCACCCGUGAUGUACUGGGCCGAAUCCACUAUGCUGCGUAGGUUCAUCAGGAGGGCGAUGAACUAAUUUGAUCAUAGUGCCAAACCUUACGUGGCUGGCGGCGAGAGGGGCUCUCGCAGUCUGAUCCUUGCUGCAUGCCCGAGGAUCACUCCCACACGGCGCUGUCCCGAGGUUACUGCACUGGAGACCAGACGGUCACUCGCCUCUUUGCGGCCUGUGGGCUGGCGAAGAUAUGUGGAGAAAGAUGCAAGAGCCCGUGCCACAGCAGCUGCGUGACAGAGGGCUCACCGAUCUUUGGGUAAGGACAUUGCACGCUUUAUCUUUGUGAAUAUUUCAUAGCGAAUAAAGCUUAUUUUCUUUAAAAAAAACUCAUCAACUUCUGGGCUCUGUCCAGAGUUAUGGAAACUGGCCUUCGAUUGGAGCUGGGACAAACAUGGGUAAAGUAAGAAAGUUUCUUCUAGACUUCACCGAACAAAAUAAUGUUUUCCACCCUGUGACAUGGAAUGUCCAGUCCUGUGUUUUUUCCCUGUAGCCACGGGUCGGUCAUCACCACUGCAUCUGUCUCCUCAGAGUACAAUAUUCUCUCCACAACCCUACUUUCAUGGCAUGAACUAAUUUAAUAGAUGUUUUAAAUGGUUAUUUAACCCCGGUUUACACCCCUGUCUGACUCUCUUUACACGUCGGGAUUUUUUUUUUAAUAACAACGAAAGACUGGAGGAACUCAACGGGUCAGGCAGCAUCUGCGGAGGGAAAUAAACAUUCGGCAUUUCGGAUUGAGACAAGCCAAAUGAAGGAUCUCAACCCGAGAAGUCGAUUGUACAUUUCUCCCCAAAGAUGCUGCCUGACUCUGUCAGUCCCUCCAGCAUCACUUCUCUUACUUGAGACUCUAGCGUCAGCAGUCCUUGUGCCUCCCUUUCGGUCCUGCCUGAGACUGAACCAGAAUCCUCCCUCCGGCUUCAGUUCCAUUCUGCAUCUUCUUUAGCCCAUCACGCCUACUGGGACACAGGCCUCCAUCAGCAGCUCUGUCCAAGGCGAAGGUUAUCGGCCCUGUGUCUUCUCCUUUCACCUCAGGACUUCAAUCGUCUUCCAGGGGAAGUCCUUCCGAUCCCAGGGAUGAGCCCUUUGGGGGUUCACUUGACACUUCUGUCGCACUGCCAUUUUACCGGGAUAAGAUUGCAAGACACAUGCCCAACGCCGCCCCUUUCGCAGCCGCGCUUAGGCAGUCCAUGGCUGAAUUAUCAUUUAUGAUCAGACCUGUUUAAGGUGUUGCUGAACUCACCCUGAUAUGGAAAUUACCACGACUGUAUUAUUUGCAAGUGAACACAUCCAGCUGCAUAAUGUUCAUUGCCCGAGUCUGCAGCGCGUGUAGUGGACACUCGCGGUACUGCAGGGGAUCCGCAGCUCCCCGAAAGUGAAAGCAUUCUGAAUCGGGAAGUGCUGGGAGUUAACAUGGCUUCGAAAGGACCAACCGAGAGUUGGACUGAGGAGGCAAUUUGUUCCAUCUGCCUGGAUUUCUUCACCGAUCCGGUUAUCCUGGAGUGUGGGCACAACUUCUGUCGCUCUUGUAUCACACGGCUUUGGGAUAGGGAGGAUAGAAACUCCUGCCCGGAAUGUAGAGAGGUGUUUGCUGACCGCACCCUCAGGGGCAAUAAGGCCUUAGUAAAUCUGGCUGAAAAAGCUCGAAAUCUAAAGCUGAAUCUGAAAGGGAAGGAAAGUAAACAUCAAUGCGAGGAACAUGAGGAAGAACUGAAGCUGUUUUGUGAAACGGACAAGACACCGAUCUGUCUGAUCUGUGCAGUUGCGCAGGAACACAGAGAGCACCGCUUCAUGCCGAUUAAAGAAGCUGUUAAAAUCUACAAGGAUCAGCUAAAAUCUUCCUUAGACUCUCUCACAAAAAAGAAAUCGGAAUUCAAAGAAAAGGUGCAGCAACAGGAAGAGAAGAUUUCCAGAGUUCGGGAACAGUCACUCAACCUUCAGUCCCAUAUCACAUCCCAGUUUGCCAAACUGCGUCAGAUUCUCACUGAGAAAGAGCAGAGCUUACUCAGGGAUCUCAGAAAGGAAGAGGAGAAGAUUCUAAAUCAAAUGGAGAACAAUCUUCGAGAGAUUCAAGAGAAUAUAAGGUUUAUUCAGGACGAAAUCUCAAAGUUGAAGGAACAGAUGGAUCAAAAAGACAGUGUGAUGUUUCUCAAGGCUGGGAGUGUGUCUGGUGCGUUGGAUAUGAGAGUCUCUCUGUCAAUCUGUGAGAACAAAGAAUGCGACCCACAUGAGGAAGCUCAUUGGACCAGGAGGAUUAAUGACUAUGUCCAGGAAUUGACUGUGACAGAUGUGGCCCUACAGGUUGAAAAAUUCGAUCACCCCUAUUUGUUGAACACAGUCCUGAGAGAAACAACUGAUGUCAUUAAUCGAGUCUCUGUCACCCUGGAUGUGGAAACGGCUAAUCGGUGUCUCGAGGUGUCUGAGGAUCGGAAGAGUGUGAGAUGGACCGGGAACUGGAGGGAUCUCCCUGACACCGGGAGGAGAUUCACAAACUGGGCUUGUGUGCUGGGAUCGGAGGGAUUCACAUCCGGGAGACAUUACUGGGAGGUGGCGGUGAAUCGGGGCUGGUACUUGGGAGUCGCCGCAAAGUCUGUGGAGAGGAAGAGAGUGGUCAGUCCGCGUCCGAGCACUGGAUUCUGGGUCAUCAGGCGGGCUGACGACAUGAUCAGUGUACUCACCUCCCAUGACGUGAUGCACAGGGAUUCUGUCGUGAUCAGUGAUGAAAUCUCCAACUGGUCCUGUAUCGCUGCCUGUCUCAUCCCCCGCAGGGUUGGAGUUUAUCUCAGUUACGAGUCCGGGACGGUUUCAUUUUACAACGCGGAGACCAAGUCCCAUCUCCACACCUUCACUGGGAAUAAAUUCAGGGAGAAACUUUAUCCUUUCUUCGCAACCUGGGAUGGAAACCAAUGGUUGAGAAUCUGCUCUGGUCCCGCUUCGGCUCUGUAAACUGGUCGGUCCCCGGGACCAGCAUCAGGAGUAAAGUCCCUGUAAAUAUAAAUGUACAGACAGUGAAAUAAAUAUGAGAUGAGAAUGAUCAAUCCAUUAACUUUAACUCGUUCACCGCAUCCGUCAACACAGCAGAAUCACCGCGGAUUCAGCAGCAGUCGCGGGGCCACGCUUCCUGAGUUUCCCGGGUCCUAAAGUCUACCCGCAGUGAACAAAGGAGCGGUGCUGACGGGAAAAGUUGUUUCAGGGUGAAUCUUGGAAGGACCAUAAGACAUAAGAGCAAAUUUGGCCGUUCAGCCCAUCGACUCCGUUCAGCCAUUACAUCAUGGCCGAUCCCGGAUCCCACUGAACCUCAUACACCUGCCUUCUCGCCAUAUGCUUUUAUGGACUGAUCGGUCAGGAAAUUAUUAACUACCGCCUUAAAUAUACCCACAGACAGCUUCCGCCGCAGCCUGUGGCAGAAUAUUCCACAAAUUCACUACUCACUGGCUAAUAAUAUCCCUUCUUACCUCUGUUCCAAAUGUCU